UGAUGUAGUGUGGGCUGCGUAGUUCCCACUUCCCACCAAGUACCAACUGUGUUGUGUCUGUCGAACAGCGAUGAUCGUUUAUGAAUAACAGAAUCUGUUGCUGCAAUGGCAUCAUCCUCUUCACACACAUGGAUUCCUCUCUCUUAUUGUUCUCGCCCUAACACGAACGUCAACAUUCCCAGCCCAAUCCUUACCUUCCCAAACAUCAUCAGCAGAAGAAUAAGCGCUUCCAUCAACGCCGAAACCCUCAAUUUCUCCGACUCCUUCGAACCCGCCGGAUUCGGGCCAGACUCCGACCCGAAUCCGCCCCCCGAUGACCCUCCGUGCCCGCCCGGUCUCCGACAGUACGAAACGAUGGCCGUUUUGAGACCCGACAUGACCGAGGACGAGCGACUUGUACUCACUCACAAGUACGAGGAGCUACUUGUUGCAGGAGGCGGCAUGUAUAUAGAUGUUUUUAACAGAGGAGUUAUUCCACUAGCAUAUAGCAUCAGGAGGAAAAACAAGGCAGGAGAGACCAACACUUACGUUGAUGGUAUCUACCUCCUCUUCACGUACUGCACCAAGCCUGAGUCCAUAAACAUUCUUGAGGAGACACUCAAAGCUGAUGAUAAUAUUAUUCGCACAAUGACUUCCAAAAUUAGGAAAAGAAAAUAUUAGUUGUUUUCAGCUCUUUACUAGUUUUGAGUAAAUGAUGGUUGCAGAAAAAAAAAAAAAAACUGUAUUUACUAUGUGGUGUCCUUUUUUUUAUAUUUUUUUUAUCAGUUAUUGUUCCCUUUUUGUUUGAAUUUAGGUGUUUUUGUAGCAGUGGAUAAUUACAAGAGAGGUAAUUCCAUUUACAGCAAGCAGAGUUACCUAUAGGCCUGUAAAUCUGAUAAUAUUUUAACUUAUUAUUAUAUGGCCAUUUUGGCUUCCAAAACACUUUGUUAGAUUGAAUUAAUGGCAAGCAUGCACUUUACUA